AUGAGUUCUACAUUUAUUGUUCUUGGUACGGCAGUGCUUGCUGUUUUGUUAGCAGGAUACUUUGCACAGAUUUAUCUACCUCCCCCAAAGCCUAGGGUUGUUGGAAUUGAUCUUGGAACCACAUACUCAUGUGUUGGUAUGUACCACGCAGUCAGCGGCAAUGUAACUGUUCUCACCACUCAAGAUGAUCACAAAUGUAUACCCAGUGUGGUAGCUUUUACUGGCAAUGGUAUAUUAGUUGGAUACAAGGCUGUGGCACAGUCAGAGCACAACCCGUACAACACACUGUAUGAUGCCAAGCGAUUCAUAGGAAAGAAAUUUGGUGAAAAAGAGCUCCAGGAAACACAGAAGCAGUAUCCAUUUAAGCUCAAGGCAGAUUCAGAUGGCAUGGUUAGCUUUGCUGUUGUAAUCAACGGUACAGAACGACUCGUAUCACCACAGGAGGUUGGAGCAUGUAUUAUAUUAGAGUUGAGGAAAGCUGCAGAGAAAAAUUUAUCUGCGCCCGUCACAAAGAUAGUCAUGUCAGCCCCUGCUGAGUUUGAUGAGAUGCAGCGCAAUUUUACCAUGAAGGCUGGGUCUUUGGCGGGUGUUGAUGUCCUUCGCAUUAUCAAUGAACCAACUGCUGCUGCCAUGGCAUAUGGCCUGCAUAAAAAAUCCAACUUGCACAAUGUGUUAGUUAUAGAUUUGGGUGGAGGUACACUGGAUGUCUCUCUCCUCAAUGUCCAAGGUGGCAUGUUUCUCACCCAGGCUAUGGCAGGUAACAACUAUCUCGGGGGUCAGGAUUUCAAUCAGCGCCUCAUGCAGUAUCUGUUAAAAGUUAUUGAGUCCCGUUAUCACAAACCUCUUACUGACAAGGAAGAUCUUCAACUAUUACGACUUGCUGUUGAAGAAACUAAAUUACGACUCACCUAUCAACAUAAAGAUGUUAUGUCCCUCAGCUUUCAUUCAUUGGGAAAUACACUUUUCCAAGAGACUGUUACCAGACAACUGUUUGAAGAUUUAAAUGCUGAUCUGUUUAAUAAAGUUCUUAUUCCAAUUGAAAAGGUUCUAGAAAGGACUGAAAUGACCCAUGAGGAUGUAGAUGAAAUUGUCCUUGUAGGAGGAUCCACUAGGAUUCCUCGUGUUAUUGAACUAGUGACCAAGUUUAUGAAUAAAAAGCCCAACACUAGUGUGGAUCCAGAAUUAGCGGUGGUGACAGGAGUCAGUGUACAGGCGGGUAUCUUAGGUGGAAUGUGGCCUUUGACUGUCAGUGCUGUGGAACUGCCUAGCAGAGUUGACAAAAUACAUGUACACUAG